AUGCAAGAAGUACAGCAUCAACAAAAUUCAUCUCCGGCUGAAUCCAUUUCUACAGAAAGGCAACAUUCUAAUGUGAUUUUCAGUGACGCUUUAGAGCCUUCCAGGAGAAAAAGUGUUCUAAGUGAAAGCACACCAGAAGGCGAAAGCCGUCUAUCUUUUAUUGAUGAUUUAGAAAGUAGAAAUGAUCAUUUCUCUGAAAUAGGAAAACUGUGUGAAAAACAUGCAAAUUCAAUUGUACUUCUGGGACAUCCCUUCAAAAAGAAAAAUAAUGGAAAGGAAAUAAGCAAAGAUAACCUGUCAGAAGCAUUACUUAAGUUAAAAUACAAGUUCUUAAAAACAGAAUUAAAAGAUAUCAUUGAUUUAGACAUAGUGGAUGAAGUUCUUCAUUGCCUGCACAUCACUUUUAUUUACGUUGUCAGAAAUUACUUUGGUUCACCAGGGCCAAAAAGUGUUGACAUAAAAGAAUUAAGCAAAUAUACUCAUAUUCUUUUGCAUGAAGAUUCGAAGUCAACGAAAGAUUGUCUCAAAAAAGCGUGUGCAAUUAAAUCGCCCCACUUUAUUCUAAACCUGGAAAUUAUAGAAGCAGUGGGACUGGAUCCUCUUAAGAAUGCAAGGUUUUCCUUCUGUAAAGUAUGGUUAAAAAGUGAUCCUUAUACUGUAGAAUUAAGUGAAUUUGUUGAAUAUUCUCCCCAUCCAUCUUGGAAAGCAAAAUUCACUUUUGAAAUAGAAAACUGGAAAACUGAUGUGCUUUACAUUGAAAUUUGGUGUAGCGACUCUGAGUGCUGUGUUGUCACUCAUAACUUGGCAAAAUAUGUUGCAAGUUCCGGAGUGGGGAAAUUUUGCUGCUGCUUUUUUAACAGUAACAAAAAAGCGGAGAAUCCCGAUUUCAUUGGAGAAACUAAUGUGAGACUUAGUAAUAUCUUCUCCGAAGGCGUUGUUCAGUGGCUUCUGCUGAGUUCACCCAAUAGUAAAAGUGAAAAGGGACGCCUCCUUAUUGCGACGAAGUUUGCUGUCCCUUACUUCAAAACUAGACUUUCUGCUUUCAAACGGCAUUUAUUGAUUUUAAAAAUUUGUAUGCAAGAGAGCGUGAAGGUAGAGGAUAAUCAAGGUAAAGAAAUAAACAGUUGGGAGCUACUUUUAAAUAGUUCUGCUCUUACGGUAGUAUUCUUGCAUAGUGUAAUUAGUAAUAUAACAGUAUGUGAAAAUGUUGUAUGCAGAUUUUUAAUUGCUAACCACAUAAUCUUAAAAAAUGAUCAAAUUUCAUACCAAUUCCUCUACAGUAUACUUUCUGAGACUGGGUCUUGCGUCAAACAAGCUGAAUGCAUGGAAUGUUCUCUUGAGGAAUGUCUAGAGGAAGUGUAUAUACAGGAAGUCAAAAUUCUCCAUAAAGAAUGCUUUACUUUUAUUAGCGAGUUACACGCCUUCGAUUUAGUUAGAGAAAAAAGAAAAUGUGAAGAAUUUGAAUAUUCCCUAAGAAUUAUUUAUUUAUGUGAAGAUAUAACGGAUAUAAUAUCCGCUCCACUAAUGAUUCUAAAAUCUGAAGCCCGUAAUUGGUACGAAAUGAAAGCGAAAGAAAUUUUAGAAAUUGAUCAUGAAAAUAAGACUCAGUACCUCAUUCAGUUCUUGGAUUAUAUUAUUAGAUUCCAAAUGACUGUCGAUAACAUCGUUCGGAAGGUUUUGCAGGAAAAAUCUUAUACAGGUCUCACUUAUGAUCUCUUAGAUAAUGCUCUUUAUGAACCCUUGAUGCUCUGUGUGAAAGAAAUAUCUUCAGAACUUAAAGAUACAAAACCUGCUGUUGAUAUGGAUACGAAGAUAGAGGAACAGUUGCAUCUCUUCAUGAAAAUGAAAGAAUUGUUACAUUAUUUACUAAAAUUUUCCCAAGAACCUGCUUCCAGCAUUCAACUAUAUGAAUUUCGAGAUUGGUUUGGUCUUAAAGUAAUCAACAAUUGGUUUAAAUGGAAACAAGUUUGUGUGGAAAAGGCAAUAAAGGAUAUACUUGCCACUGACGAUCUGGAAAAUAAAUUGACUGCGUAUGGUGGGAAGUUCUCGAAACAAAGCAAAUCUGUUACAUUAACAAUUGAAUUAAUAGAAAAUUCACUGAUAGAACUCUGGAGGAUUGUAUCACAACCACGAUCGGACAAAUUAGAUUUUAUCUUCUUAAAUGCUCUUCACGAAUGUUGCUUUAAAUAUGCAAACAUAAUACUGGAUAAAGCUAAAAGCUACAGUUAUGAAGAUAGUUUUGUAAAGAGUGGAAAAAUAGCUUUAAGUGUUUCAGCCAACAAUUUGUGGUCGUUAUCUGUAUUCGCAGAAAAGGCAACUAAUGAAACUGUAGGCAAAUCUCUUUCUCGCUGUGCCGAAACUACGUUAGCGCUUCGAACAGCAGUUGUACGUUUUUGCAGAGAUAUAGCUGAGAGAGAAGUAGAUUUCAUUAUUCCUAUGAUUAAUGAUGUUGUUCGUGCUUCAUUUGAAAGUGAUGAACAAUCAGCUUUGGAAGUAUACGAGAACUUCGUGAAUAAAUUGUUGUGGGAUGAAGCAAGCAUAGCUAUGACAUUCGAAGUAUUUUCAAUUUUCCAAGUGGAAUUUUGGAAUGCUAUUAUUAAAUUAAUUAGCAAAUUAUUGAACACUGAGGAGGCUCAUAGUAAGUGUUCAAUAUUGAUAAGAUUCUCAGCUAUUUUAGAAGUGACAGAAAAUAUCUUCUUUGCUGACAGUAGAGCAAACUUAACUGAAUCACUGUGGACGGAAGAAUACAAGGAAUUAAAGUUCAAAAUUCAGCAGAUGCUUCUGAACUCUUGA